GCUGUCUGGCAUCGGCUUGCAAAUUAUUUUCGCAACUUUAUUAUUAUUUUUAAAAAUACACAUACACCAGAUUUAAAUCAGUAUUCUUAAAUGGCUGAGGGUAAUACAGCUGGCGGCGAGGAUCAGAAACUGUCGGACAUUUUUUUAAGUGGCUGGAACAUCUUUGACGAGCUAGAAGUUACCGACCUGCCUUUUAAUGGCAGCGAAUUUCAGAACAAAGUCAAGACAGCAAUGGGUCUCUUCGAGCAGGCCACCGUCAUUGUGAACCAGGUGAGCAUGUUCAGUGCCAACGAGAUGAUCGACGAAGUGUCCACGGAAUCUCUGCCCUUCAUGCUGCUCCCGUACUUUCUGGGCAAGCUGACCACUAAGAUCAACAGCCCCAAUAGCAUACAGUCCCUGGAGCUGGGUGAGAUCUACUUCAAGGACCAUCUGCAGCGCUGCCAGGAGUACGAGCUCUGUGCGGCACCCAAAACACAGGUGGCAACUCAAGAUAACCAGUCUGGAAAGAGUGAGCAGCGGGAGCUCAUGGAGGCAGCCUACAAUAGAAACGACAAAAUUGCCCAGUAUCGCAGGAUGAAGGAAAUUGACGAGUAUAUGGCCAAGAUGCGGGAUGCAGUCAAGAACAAAUCGGCUGAGGAUGAGGACAGACGCACGUUCUUCCUCAAGUAUUUGGACAAGAGCAUCAUAGACUCCAAGCAGGAAUUGGAAUCGCUGGGCGUGAUGAAGCAGCUGGCCCAGAUGCGUCUGGCUCGAUUGGCUGGCGGCGAAGCCGACAACGAUGUGGACUCCUUCCGUCCAUCAAAUCAGCAUCAGCAGCCCUCUGCAUCUUCCACAUCCCGUGGUCAUGGUCACAGUCAUGGACCCGGACAUCAUCACCCCCAUCAUCAUCAGCAGGCCGCCAAGCCGAAGCCCCUGCAGCCCUUCAUCAUCACUCGCAACGCCACCCAGAAGGCGGUCUUCGGUUUGGGCUACCCCAGUUUGCCCAUCAUGACGGUGGAUGAGUUCUACCAGCAGCGCGUCGACGAGGGCAUAUUUCCCGACGAGGAGAAGGUGGCCAAGAUGAAUCAGGCACAGGCCAUCGCCGCCGCCCGCGAUCCCAACGAGCAGGAGGACGAGGAGAAGGCCGCCGAGGAACUGCAGGCGGAGGAGGACGACCCGGAGUAUCUGGACCGCAUGAGGCGCAUGGACGAGUACAAGGACGUGGUGCGUCGCGGGGACGGAAACCGUCAUAACCGUAGCUAAGGAACUCACUUAAAAAUUAUAUACUUUUCUAAAAACUAAUAAAAUGGAUAAUCUAUUAGCCAGUUUAUUAAAA